AUGGCGGACAGAUAUUGGCCAGGAUCGGUGAGGUCUCUCUUGAUCACAGCGACGAUCUUCGCUGUGCUGGGUACAUGCUCUUCCCGGAACGGCAACAGGAAGAGCUAUGGUGCCAUUGUCAAUAAGGGUUGGCAGCUCGACGAAGAGAUCUGGGAGAGAGGAAUGGAAUACUACAUGGCGAAUUACAGCUUCGGCUUUGAGAUGCUUUCUGUGCAGACCGAAGAUAACGUCACGCUAGGGCUCUAUCACGUCUACAAUCCAGAAAUUACGGCGAGAAGGGUUCCUCUGCUGAUGGUCCAUGCUCUCAACACGAAUGCGGAUUCAUGGUUCGUCAGCCAGCCCGAGGACUGUUUCGCGAUGAUUCUAGCGAAGCAAGGCUACGAUGUCUUUGCUCUGAACUUCAGAGGAACGCUCCAUAGCCCACUCCGGGCCAACGAGACCAGAAGAACGAGCCUUGAUUACAACAUAAAAUACGACCUGCCCGCGAACAUCGAUUACGUCCUCAACUACACCGGCCAUACAACGCUGAAUAUCGUCUCCAUGUCCAAAGGGUCUUACUCUACAUUCGGUCUCUUAGCCAGUCGACCUGAGUACAACGAGAAAGUUCGACUGCAUGUUUCGCUCGUCCCCGUCACUACGAUUGAGGAACCGAUAACCGCACUUUGGUUACUCAUAAGAGUGUUGAGAAUAGGAGUUCUCCUUUUUGGAGAGGUCUUCAUUACUCUGUUCGACUCGAAUCACUAUUUCAAAUGGAUGCACAGCUUCAAAAUACCAACGUUGAUGCAUGAGCUCGGGAAUAAAUUCCCGACCGGAACGAGAUGCUUCGUGAAUCUCGUCUGGACCGGAAGCAUUGACUGCACCUCAAAACUGAACAUGGACCCUAAUAUAAUAAGGAAAUCUCUCAUCCGGGGAUUCCCCGAUCAUUGGUUCACCCGCGAGCUGAUACAGUUCAGCCAGAAUUCAUACAGCAAGGAGUUUCAGACAUACUCAUCGUCGUGGACCGACGGAUUCUACUGUGAUUUCUCGGAUGCGACCCCGUUCAACAUGAGCAAGAUUUCCGCUCCGCAUAUUAUAAUAGAAGCGAAGCGAGAGAUUUUCAGUCAACCGAAGGACUACGAGAGGAUCCGCAAUCAACUCUGCCAGACAAUCAUCAGUGGAAAGUUCUCAGCGCACAAGUAUGUGUUCCAAGUAGACGUCGCGAACUAUUACCACGGAGACGUCCUGCUUAGUGUAAGAAACAGUGAGUACUACGGGAAGGCUCUCUACAUGAUGAUUCGGGAGCACGAUCUGGAACUGGAUCCCUCUCUGGAGUCGGUCUUGGGUUACGUCGAAGCAGAUUUCAGUCACCUCUCUCCCCGACCCUAUGGUUUGAGCUUCGAGUGGCUCGAAGUCACGACACAGGACAACGUGACGUUGAAAAUUCAUCAUGUCUGGAAUCCUGAUGUGAGGGGCACGAAAAUCCCAGUGCUGAUGUUGCAUGCGGUCGUCACAAACGGCGAUAUAUACUUCCUGAACCGGGCAGAAGGCAACUUCGCGAUGACCCUUGCUAAUCAAGGUUACGAUGUUUUCGUCGUGAACUUCCGAGCGAGCAUAUACAGUGAGGUGACUCAUGCAGGACUUGUCGAUACAACGUUAGACCAUAAUAUCUUCUACGAUGUCCCGACCUGUUUCGACUUUGUCUUGCGGAAGACAAACCGCACGGAUCUCCAUUUGAUUGGCUUCUCCAAAGGAACCUACGUGGCGCUGGGUUUUCUUGCGAACAGGGAGGAAUACAACGAUAAAGUUCGACUCCUGAUGCUCAUCUCAUCGGUGACUACCAUCGAGAAACCCAAUCCGUUCUUAGAACUCCUCAUGCGCUUGCUGAAACUUCUCGUGUUCGUGGGAGGAACCCAUAUUGCAAGCAUUUUCGACACGAAUUUCUUCUUCGCUCCCUUUCAUUGGUUCCCAGUCCCAGAAAUUCUUGAAGUCCUCGCCCGAAGACUGCCAACAGUCAAGAGAUGCGUGGUCAAUUUUCUCUUAACAGGAUUCCCGAAGUGCUUCACAGAAGUCAACAUUGACGUUGACGUGCAAUCGUAUCAUUUGAGUGCGGUCACUGUCCCGGUAGCCAUCCUCGAGGUUAACACAGAUUUGUUCAGUCAGCCCAGAGACUACGAGAGGAUCCGGAAUUCGCUCUGUUCCAGAAUCAUCAGCGGGAAGCUAUCCCCGCACAAAUAUGUGUUCAAGGUGAACGUUCCGAAUUAUCAGCACACCGACCCUUUCCUCAGUCGGAACAACGACGUCAUAUACAUAAAAGCUUACUACAUGAUCAUGCGGGAGUUCGACGUUGCUCGCGAUAGUGCGCUCGAACACGUGCUCGGCUACGUUGACGAUCCGGACUUCACUCAUCUCACCCCCCAGGGAUGCAAGGGAUAA